AUGCCUCCUCGUAGAGCUAACACUAAGAAUGUGAAUGCCAUGAAUGCGAAUGCAGCUCCUCCACUAUCAGAUCAAGAAGUCUCCAAUGUUGAGUUCAAGAAUGUCAUACAUCUUUUAGUUCAGAGUAUGACUAACCAGAACAAUUGGGUUCAUGGUCAUGUAAAUGAAAACGGUGGAUCAGCAGCAGCAAGGAUAUGUGACUUUGUUAGGAUGAAUCUGCCUAAGCUCUUAGGAUCACAAACUAAUGAGGAUCCUCAGAAUUUCUUGGGUGAGAUCAAGAACAUUUCUAGGCUUACGACUUAUGCUCAGCAGCUGAUAUCGGGUGGUGGAAAUUGCUCGCACAGUCAGCUGAAGAUUUUAGCCCCCGCCCCUUCGUCAGCUAGUGUUCCAUCCUCCAAGAAUAGGUAUGACCAGAAGGGUAGAACACCAAGCUCUAAGUCUCAGGGAAGUGUUUCAGGCACAAAGAUUUACACCACUUACCCUAAGUGUGGUAUGAAGCAUCCGGGAGAGUGUCUCGCAGGAAAAGAAGGAAGCUUUGGGUGUGGUCAGUCUGGUCACAGAGCUCAGUGUAUAACUUCAGCAGCACUAGCAACUUGCCCAACUCAGCAGGGUAACUCAUCUAGUACUGGUAGCGGUCAGAGCCAGAACAAGCAGUAUGCUUUUGAGGCUCGCCGGGAUCAGGAAGGUUCUUCUGAUGUAGUCACUGGUUCGUUACGAGUCUUUAACCUGGAUGUUUAUACAUUGUUAGAUACAGGAGCUACUCUUUCUUCUGUAACUCCUUACAUAGCAGUCCAAUUUAGUGUUAGUCCAUAA